AGUCGAACUGAACAAUUCAAAUGCUAAUACUCUUUCCCUCAUAUUUUAUUUGUAAGAGAACCUAAAUAUUAAUGACUAUAUUAUAAUUAUAAUUAUAUUAUAAUUGUCUGCUCUAAUUUCGUUACUGACUUGUCCAACAAAAUGUCCAACUCGCCACGUAUAAAUAGACGGGAUGACCACCACGCAGCACGCAUCAUCGCCUCUCUGACAAGGGACAACUCUGUUUUCUCACAACCCAAGAGACCCAAAUGCAAAAGCAAACUUAGCAGCCACCUCUUUGCUUCCUCCCUUCCUCCAAACAAAGACAAAGCAAGCUAAGAAACCAUCAAUGGCGAGCCAGGACACCGCGCCGCAAUGCCGGCCGGGCGCUGGAGCCGCCACCGACAGCUCCACCUCCGUCUCCGUGGCUCCCGAGGAAUUCGAGUUCUUCGUGCUCCCGUCCGGUGGCCUCGCCCUCGCCGGCGCGGACGAGGAUGGCAUGUGCGUCGCCGACGAGGUAUUCUCCGACGGGAAGCUCCUUCCGCUGCGGCUCUCAUCCGCAAACCCCGUGGAAGCGGCAGCGCUCCGGCUGCUCCGCUCGGACUCGCUCGACGGUGCCACGACGGCGUCGUCCGCCAGCGGCUUCAGCUCGCGCUCCGACAGCCGGAGCGCGAGCUCGAGCAGCAGCAGCAGCAGCUGCGUCAGCCGGAGCACCUCACAGAAGAGCGCGUCCUCCGACACCGCCGGCCGAAGCAACCAGCCGUCCAAGGCCGCCUCGUCCGACGCCCUCCUGCCGCCGCGGCGGCGGCCGCUGUCGGGCAGCCUGUUCUACGCGCACCCGAGCCCGUCGCCGCGUCCGUCGCAGCGCUUGAGCGGCGGUGGCGGCGGCUCGGCAGGGCGGCGCAGCACCGGGUCCGCGCCGCCGGCAUCGUGGGGCCUCCUACGCCUGGGCGUCGUCGGCGCCCCCGACGUCUACCCGCCUCGUCCCGCUCCCGCCGCGGCGAGAGGAGGGAGCCGCAGCGCGAGGUUCGAGCAGCCGAGAGCCGCCGCUAAGGAUGCGGUGGCAUGGGAAAAGAAUCUCCCGUUGGGCUUCCUGGGCGCCGGUCUUGUGUGCAACUGCUCGCCGGACGCCGUCGAGCCUGUCGGCUCGGCGGAGGCCGCGGCGGCGGCGGCGGCGAGGAGGCGGAGGAGGAAAGUAGCAGAGAAGAACACGGGAGAGGUGAAGAGUGGACAGAGUAACACUAUUCGUCGGAGUAGAAUCCUUGAGUGGUUAGAGGAACUCUCCAUUUCCAAGGAAAAAACCGCUACUUAGACAUAAUUAUUUUGUUUUUCCGUUCAAUCCCAAUUUUUUCAUUUAUAUGUUCAUUGUUUAUUUCAGUUUUUAUAGUUAGGAGUACUACUGUAAAAGAAAAAACAAAGUCGUUUCUUCACCAAUUAAUUGGUUGAUCAAUAUGAAGAUGAAGAAGGCACUUCAUUUCACGAUUA